AUGGCCAACCCGGGGCAGCCUCAGUUUCCCUCAGCCCAGGAGCCAGGCACCGCCUCAACCCUGGACCUACCGGAGAUGGAGAAGCUCCUCACGAAGGUGGAAGGCAAGGAUGACAAGCCUCUGAUGCUGUCCACGUCCCUCUCGGGGGCCCUGGACCUGGAGCAGAAUGGCCACGGCCUGCCCUUCAAGGUGGUAUCGGAGGGGCGCCCCGAAGCCACACUCCCCUGGUCGGCCUCUCGGGCCAGCUCUAGGCGGGCGUCCUCCAUUGCCACGGCCUCCUCUGCCCAAGACCAAGAGGUCCCCAAAGAUUACCUCAUCCUUGCCAUCGCCUCCUGCUUCUGCCCCGUGUGGCCUCUCAAUCUGAUUCCCCUCAUCUUUUCCAUCAUGUCCCGAAGUAGCGUGCAACAGGGGGACCUGGACGGCGCCCGGAGGCUGGGCCGCCUGGCCCGGCUGCUCAGUAUCACCUUCAUCAUCAUGGGGAUCAUUAUCAUCAUCGUGGCCAUGACUGUCAAUUUCACAGUGCAGAAGAAAUGAAACGGACCAGGGCGCUGCGCUGGCGGAGGCGGCCCUGGGCAGCCCGAGGUCUCCACGCUCCCGCGCCCUCUCUCCUGCGGGAGGACAGGACAGGGACGUCCAUGCACUCCCAAAGCACCGACUUGGAGUGAAGCCCCCAGGCCUCCCCACUGUCAGCCCACCUCAGAUGCGAAAAAGCGCCAAGAAUGAUUAAUGGGGUUUAAUCUCCUGGACACGGCCCUGUAUUGGCCUCCGUGCUCUGGCUGGUUUCUCAUCCCCACCGUCUCCCGGGAUCCACCGCGCCACAUACACUGCCUGUUGGAGCGGGAACCGGCCCCACAGAGGAGACGGAGAAGAGAAGGACCGGACCGUGGCAGGAGAGAAGCUGCACACUCCCUACUCCCGUGUCUGAGGACCCGGAGUCGAGAUGUGGGACUUGCUCUUUUGUACUUUUCUUUGGGCGGGGGGACAGGGUGUAAAAAGAGUUAUUUGCAUGCCUCGUGCCACGUGCUUGCUGCGAUCCCAGCUCAGGGGCCAAAAGCUGCUGCUC